CGUCCGACUGCUGUGGAGUUCCGAACGCGAAAGCUCGCUGCGCAGAAACUCCCGCUGUACUAUUAUAUUAAUUCGGAGUCAUGUCUUUCCAGAUGAAAGACAAGGAAGCGUACCAGAGGCUGAACUACCUGUACCAGGCUGCGCAUUGCGUUUUGUCCCAAAACCCGGAGAACGUGGAGCUCGCGCGGUUCUACUGCUUCACGCAGAAAACCAUCGCGAGACGUUUAGUCCUCAGACAAGACCCAUCGGUGAAGAGGACAUUGUGUAAGAAGUGUUGCUCGCUGCUCGUUCCCGGAGUCACGGCUUCCACCCGACAGCGACGAAAGAAGAGGAAGGCCCGCUUCACGGUGGUCCGGUGCCUCAGCUGUAAGCAGAGCAAGACGCUGCUGAACGAUCCGGAUCACCGUCUGUGGGUGGACCGCCCCGAGGCUCAGCAGCAACAACAACAACAACAACCAAAGCAACAACAGAAGCAGCAAGAUCCUUCUGUUAAAAAACAACCGAAAGACAAAAAGCGUGACAGGGCGGCGUCUUCCAACCCCGACGCCGCUCAGAGCUCCGCCCCCACGUAGCGGGAAACACGGAGGACUGGAGGAGUGGUAUUUGUCUUUCUUUUAUUUUUUUGUAAGAAAGCGGUUGAUGUUGCACUUAUCCACUCUUGUCGUGUUUUUCUUUAAACACAUUGAAUGCACCGCACACAGCGUCCUGGGAGACCCCAGAGCUUCUGAUGGCCACGCCGGCGACACCUUGUCAUAUAAUUACCCUCACGAUGCCUUCAAGAUCCCUUCAGUAAAAAUGAGCAUCGUGAAAUUUUUUUUUGGAGUGAAAUGUGAAUGAAAACCGUUUUUUGAUGGAGAUGUUUUUCACAGAAAGAUGAAAUAUUUAUUUUAGAUUUUUUAGAUUUUGUUUUUGUAUUUUGAACGCCUGUAUCAGAGUUAAAAAAACAGUUCAGGCUGAACGCCUGGAGGGAAAAACACGUGUCACGGUGACAUUUACGCAACACAUUUAAAGUGAGGAAGUGUUGUUGUUGUGAUGAAGGUGCUGGAAAGGCUGGUCUUGGCCCACCUCCCGCCGCAGGUGAAAUCGUCGCUGGACCCUCUGCAAUUUGCUUCCCAGCCUCAUGUGGGAGUGGACGACGCCAUCAUCUACCUGCUGCAAUGAGCUCAGUGGCACCUGGAUGGAACCGGUGUCUCUGUGAGAGUCACUUUCUUUGACUUCUCCAGUGCAUUGAACACCAUCCAGCCACUGCUGCUGAGUGAGAAGCUGCGGGUGGUCGGUGUGGACGCGUCCACCAUCUCCUGGAUCACUGACUACCUCACAGGCAGACCACAGUUUGUCAGAAUGGGCCGUGUGCUGAACGGUGGUCAGUGAUGUUGGAGCCCCACAGGGAACUGUUCUGUCUCCCUUCCUCUUCACCCUGUACACCAGUGACUUCCAGUACAACACGGAGUCAUCUGCAGAAGUACUCUGAUGAUUCUGCAGUGGUCGGGUGUAUUAGGGAUGGACGGGAGGAGGAGUACAGGGCAGUGGUGAGUGACUUUGUAAAGUGGGCCGAUGAGAACCACCUGCGGCUGAACGUGGCCAAGACCAGAGAGAUGGUGGUGGACUUCAGGAGGAAGGCGACAGCUCCUCCCCCUCUGAGUGUCCUGGGCGUGGACGUGGACAUGGUGGAGGAGUACAAGUACCUGGGCGUCUCCAUCGACAGCCGACUGAACUGGAAGGCCAACAUCAACGCUGUGUACAAGAAGGGAUGAGUCGACUCUUUUUCCUGAGGAAGCUUCGAUCCUUCAACGUGUGCAGCAAGAUGCUGGAGUUAUUCUACCAGUCGGUUGUCGCCAGUGUGCUGCACUUUGCCAUUGUCUGCUGGGGGAGCAGCAUCGGAGCCGGUGACACCAGCCGUCUUAACAAACUGGUUAGGAAGGCUGGCUCCAUCAUCGGCUGCCAGCUGGAGCACCUGGAACAGGUGGUGGAGAGGAGGACGUUGAAGAAACUGGUGUCCAUAUUGGACAACCCGGACCACCCUCUCCACCCGGACCACCCGGUCCACCCUCUCCACCCUCUCCACCACCUCCUACAGGGACAGAGGAGUACUUUCUCCAGACGUCUCCUCACGCUCCGCUGCCACAAGGACAGAUACAGGAGAACAUUCCUGCCGACGGCUAUGAGGCUCUACAACAGAUCACCUCUUGCCAGAUCAUAGUGCAAUAACUACAACAAUAACUGAAUACUUACACCAUGUUGAUCUGCACUUCACACAUCUCAUUUGUUUGCACUACACAUACACACACAUUUCAUUUCAUUUGCUCUGCACUCAUACACACACUUUGCUUUUUGCACUCUGUCUAUAUUUAAUAUUUUUGUAUUUGAUUUGUCAGUGUUGUUGUGUGUUGUGUAUGCAUGUGUGUUGUAUAUUUACAUAUAUAUUUUGUUUUGUAUCUUACUUUUAUCUUACUUGUAUACUUCUAUAUCUUUCAUCCCUGUUUCUUAUAUUUUGUGUUUUGUUUUUUAUUCUUGUGUGUUGCUGCUACUGUCACGACAAAUUUCCCCUUGGGGAUUAAUAAAGUAUAUAUCUAUC